CAUGCUAUAUAAGCAGUCUCCUUUUAGGUCUGCAAAGCCGUUUAAAAUCAUUUAGUUUAAUUACCGAGGAGAGCCGUUAAUCAAAAGAUAAUUGCAUGCGCAAUAGGAAUCACUCGACUCGCCCUCCCACCAAAGUCAUGGUUACAGGUGUGACAGCAGCUGUAGAGUUGCCCCUGUGGCCUGGCGAAGGUUGGAUGUCUCCUCAGAAAACAUCUCCAGAAAAAGGCAGCAAGAAGGACUACCACAGUACUGAAAAGACAAGGACAUGAUCCCUGACCACCAGCUCACCACCGGUGAACACAACUGGAAACCUUUGAGGAGGAUCCGCCAUCCUAGGGGGUUGGUGGGUUCUUCAUUGGUGGAUUACAUCGAAGAAUCCAUAGACCGGCUUUGAUUACAUUCUCCCUAUUACUCAAAAACUGGACUUCAGGGAUGAAUCACAGAUCAAAAUGGGGGUAAGCAAGAUUCAUCUAGUCACGUCUACAAAAUACACGUAAAGGUCAUGUUUAGUUGAAAGGAAAAAGAGAACAAGCAGAAGGACACACUGGAGGCAUGAGGAAUGUACCUGAAGCCUACAUUCUCUCAUGUAGACCAGCAGCCAUUCAUGUUGUUGGACUACUGCUGUCGUUGUUUUGGAUUCACACUCAUAAAACGCCAUGGAGCCUUCUCCCUCAAGACUACACCCAGCGAUACCUUGGUUGUACUGCAGAAUCUGUUGAUGUGCAUGGUGUGCUUCUACUCUCUCUACUACAUCGUGGUCAGUCUCUGCAUCGCACUUCUCAGGGUUCAUGAGAUCAACAGCUUGUUGACUCCAUUUGACUACACAACACAACCGUCAUGGCAGAACCCCAAAUACCUUGUUGGUGUAAUUUCCACAGAAGUGACAUACAUUUUGGGAGGGCUGGUAUUCGCCUGGAUUGUAGAGGAGUGGGUUUGGGAUUACGCCAUAACUGUCACACUGCUGCAUAUCGCAAUGACUGUAGCAGUGAUGUCAGACUUCCCUUCAGCUGAGCAAUGGUGGAUAGCUCUGGGUUCAGGCCUGGUGAUGAUGAUAUUUGGAGGACAGCUCAUGGCCUAUAAACUCUUCAGAAGCAACUUUGUCUAUCCAGCUGAACUACAGAACUUCUAAUGAACAUAACAAGGAAAGCUUUUAACUGGCUUACUGGUUAAUCUCAGGUUGGAUACAUCCCAGUGGGUUCACUUUUCAAAGACUGCAUUGCUAGGUUCUUGUUGCAUCGAUAUGAGCAACUACAGUAUGUCUAUCAAGACUGUAUAUAUUUUAUAAAGCAACCACAAGAAACACUUUCUCUACAAACCAACUUUGUUCAGUAGCUAAUAGUCAGAUCCCUCCAUGUACAAAUGGCCCAACAUUGUCUAUUUUCUACAGCAUAUUCUGUUUAAAUAUUGUUAGGGCCUGAGAAUGAAAGUUCCAGGGGCUGCUGCUGCACAUUCACAUUUUUGAGGGACUUUGGAUGAUAGAAAACUCCCGAAGAUUGCUCCAAAGUUCCACCAAAAGAAAUUUGGUUGGGGCAUUGCUCUCAUCUUUAGGAACAUUUUAUGGUUUUUUCUUUUAAUUAUUUUGGCCUGACAGGAAGUCAGCCAUCUUGGAUUUUGUGCAUUAAUUUUCAUUUCACAAACACGUUUCAGAACGUUAGCAUGUGCAAGGGCCCUUUCAUUGCUGCCUGCAGCUUUAAUUUUAUUGUUUCAUUACAAACAUCAUACCAUAAGCUAAAUCUAAUAGAUCACACAUAUAAUAUUCUGAAAAAAAAGAAACUGCAUUUACAGCUGUUAAAUAUGACCAAGUUUCCAAUGGUGAGUUAAGUCAGAAAUUUUUCUAAUGUAAUGUUAGUUGAAUAUGUGUCAUACACAAGAUUUGUAGUGUAUAGUGGGCUGGCAUAGUCUAAUGACGACAUGUUUUACCUGUAUGCUGGUUGUAUAAAUUAGUUAAAACUGGAUUUACAUUAAAUACUUUUUAUUUUAAAUUA